CCUUGUCGUGGCGAAGGGGCUUAAGUAAGAGUAAAGUGUGCAUCCCAAAGGAAACGCACUCUAAUCUUACGAACUAAGAGGGACACUUCAUAAUUCCCACAAUAGUGAUAUGGAUGAAUAAACCCUAGGUUUUACGCCCAUCUCCUAUUGUGGAAGUAUGAGGAUACCCGAACCAACACCACCCUAAGCCAAGGUGUCGAGGUACCCGUGCCGAGGGCUGAAUGGUCAGCGGGGGGUAAUAAAUAGCUGAUCGCGAACGGUCCCCUCCGAUGCCCGGGCGAGGUCGGAGGUAUAAAAGCCUUCUCUCCGCAUACCGGCUCUGCGGACGAGUGACCAACCCUUUCCGGAUUACUCGUGGGACCAAACAUGAACGAAAACAAUAAUACAACAACAACAACAACAACAUCAACUACAACAACCAAAUUGACGACAACAGCAACGACUAAGGACAUGAACUAUCGGAAUCCUAUUACGGAAUCCGAAGAAGACGAGCUACUUGCCUCCAGCCAGGAGACGAGUAAGAGUACUACCGGACAUACCAACCAAAGUAUACCGGUAGAUACAGCAGUAAAAGCCCCUGAUAUAAGGGAGGAAGCGUCCACCUCCAAGGCUGCCAUGAGCACCAACCAAAGUGCACUGGCGGCUAAAGGAGAAAACAGAAAGAAGCGCAAGAAAUCCCAGAAUCAGCUGAGGAAAAACCGGUACCAGAGGGCAGUCUUCAUACUAGGGAAGAUAGCCAAAGACCAGGCAGCCGGUACCCCAGUUGAUGAGGCCGAAACAAAGCGCCUCAAAUCUAUCGUAGAGGAAUAUGAAGGCUACCUGAAAAGGAAGCAAUCACAACCUCAAGAAGAGAGCAAGCGAGAGAGCACUUCUCAGAAGAGAAAUCGCUCCAUCACAGAAGUACCCGGAACUCAGCCCAAAAAACCGAGGCGAAGCGAAGGUGAACACAGCAGCACAACAACGGCAAGGCAUUUCUGCGAUGUUGCCAGAGAUAGCCUGCAGGUGGCCAUCAUAGACGGAAAUUCCUCCUCUCCGAGCACAAUGCAGGAGAGAUGGGUGGAGAUCGACGUCAGAUUGUCGAGUAUGGUGCUAAGCUAUGUACUCGACAAUCCUGCGGGUCCUCACCCGGAGUUUGACUCUUCUGAGACCCUCAGGGGCUACAGGGUCAUCAAGUGCGCGGACCAGGCCUCGCUGGAUUUCCUGACGGGUAGUGUGGCUAAAAUUAGCAACGCCUUUGUAGGCCUCCAUUUGAGGCUUAUACCCGCCAAGGACAUUCCGAAGAGACCUCGUGCUCGCAUUUGGUUACCCCCUCUAGAGGAGCCAGGCGAAAAACUCCUGCGGUGCAUUAAGCUGCAGAACAAAUCUAUACCUAGUAUAGAUGAGUGGCAGCUAAUCAAGGAGGAAAAACCGAAUAAAGCAAGCAAGCCAAUACUAGUGGCCAUUUGUGAUGAGUCCAUUGAGGCUCUGAAGAAGACUGACUACAAAAUCAGCUUCGGAAUCCGCAAAGCCAGACUAAAAAUAUUCCAAGGCGACAAAGCGGCUGACGAAGACGACACGGAAGAGGUCGACGACGCCAGCCAGUUGCUAAAGAAUGUGGGCAUCGAAGAAACCCGAGAUGCCCAAUAACAUAAGAUGCGUGCAGAUAAACCUGCAGCACUCGAAGAGUGCUACAGCGAAUCUGACAACCCUCGUGAAUGAGGGGGGCAUCGACAUCAGCCUAGUACAGGAGCCCUGGGUCAAUGAAGAUACCAUUAAAGGGCUAAACAGCAGCAACCAUAACCUGUUUUACACACGGAACAGAGCACAGCAGAUAUCACAGUGGUAAAGGUGGAACAGAAGGAUAAGCCCUUCUUCUUGGUCUCGGCCUACUUGGCCCAUGACGAAGACAUACCACCGGCCCCGCUCACCAGACUAGUAGAGGAGAACAGGAAGGAAGAUGUCCUAAUAGGGUGUGAUGCAAACGCAAGGCACACCGUAUGGGGUAGCUCCAGUAUAAACACCAGAGGUGAGUCACUCUUGCAGUAUAUUUUGAAUAGUAAUCUAAGUAUUUGCAACAAGGGCGAUAAGCCAACUUUUAUUUUCCCAAGCUCGGAUAGGUUUUCGGGGUGGGAGGAAGUGCUUGACCUCACGCUAUCAACAGACACAGACAGUCUCGUUGUGGAUAACUGGAGGGUAUCCGAUGAGCCUUCCAUGUCGGAUCACUCCUGGAUACUUUUCAGCAUCCGCGAGAAGUACAGUGCGCCUCUCACUUACCGGAACCCUAGAAGAACGGCUUGGGGAAAAUUUACCAGUAUAGCAACAAAAUGCCUUGAAAAGGGAGGCAAUAAGAGCAUCAGAAAUCCUGAGGAAUUAGAUUUAGAAGUAGAGAAGUUGGAAAAAAUCCUAACCACAACUUUUAAUAAAUCUACUCCGCUAACAGUUUUGAAAAAGAGAAAGUCUCUUCCUUGGUGGAACAGUGAACUCAAGAAUUUGAGAACACAACUAAGGAAGGCUUUCAAUGAGAGUUUUAGAACCAAAAUCUGGCAGCCAUAUAAAGACAGUAUGAAAGAAUACAAAAAAGCAGUCAGGAAAGCUAAAAAGGACUCAUGGCGAUCUUUCUGUACAUCGAUAGAAAGUUGCACAGAAGCCGCCAGGCUGAGUAAAAUGCUAUCCAAAGAUCAUAUUAAUACUGCCUACAUAAGGGCGGAGGGAAGUGAUUGGACCUC